UCAGACACCCUCCACCUCAGGCCACGGGGCCGCGUCCCCUCGCCGGCCUAUAAAUACCGGCGAAGGGGAGCCAAACAAGAUCACCACCACAACACCAUCAUCGCAUCCCAUUAGCAUUCUACCAUUUUCCUCGGAGAGAAGUAGCCAGAAACAGCAGCGCCAUGGCCGGCAUCAUGCACAAGAUCGAGGAGAAGCUCCACAUGGGCGGCGGCAGCGACGAGCACAAGAAGGACGAGGAGCACAAGAAGGCGGAGGAGCACAAGAAGAAGGACGGGGAGCACAAGAAGGACGGCGAGCACAAGGAGGGCAUGAUGGAGAAGAUCAAGGACAAGAUCAGCGGCGACGGCCACGGCGACGGCAAGAAGGACGGCGACCACAAGGAGAAGAAGGACAAGAAGAAGAAGAAGGACAAGAAGCACGGCGAGGGCCACAAGGACGACGACGGCCACGGCAGCAGCAGCAGCGACAGCGACAGCGACUGAGCCAGCUCCGGCCGCGCUCCGGCAGCAGCGUGCAGUGUAGGCGAGAUCGAUGAACGCUUGGGAGAAGUGUGGCAUACAUAUAUGUUGCAGGGUUUGGAGCGUGUGGUAGCAUAUGUAUGUAAUGCGUGACAUGUCUCAUGGAUCUUGUGAUGUAUAAUAAUUAGCCGGCUGCACUGCACUGCACGGUGCUUGUAAUAAUAACGUUAAUGAAUCAUGUUGGUAUUGAUGCA